AACGACUAGAUGAAGCGAUAAAUAGCAAUAUCCAAGAAGUCAGAAGGGAGAUCAUAUUCCGUGUGCCUAUACGAGACAAAGAAAGCUUAUAAUGCUCUGAAUAAUUAGAAACACUAAAUGGAGUUAUCACCACAGAACAAAGAGCUGUGAAUCCAAGACAAGAUAUAAAAAAACUUCCUGUUCGCAAUUUUCUCUAUGGGCUUUCGGUCAAGGCCAUUUCCCAAACGCCGAAUGACGGUGCAGAGGGAGUGAAAGGCGUCGGGCGGAGCGGAAGAGCCUGACGCACGGUAUAUAAGCGUCUAGUCCUCGUGCUCUUCAUUCAGUUCGACUCCGUCUCUCAACAAUAAUGAUAUCGGUAAAACAGUGUCUAAAUAACGUGAGAUUCUUAUGAAUUUAUUAGUGCUGCGUAAAAAAAUAGCUUAACAAAUGUUUUGUUUUCCUCCUCUGCAGAAAUUAGUGCUCUGUGGUGUAUUCGCCGCCGUGGCAUCACUGCCCCAAAGCCCGUCUACCUCCUACGGGACUCCUAAUGUGGGAUCUGGAGGAGGCUUCGGUGGCAGCGGAUUUGGAGGUUCCUCGGGAAGUGGAGGUUUCGGAGGAGCUGGCAGUGCCUUCGGAGGAGCUGGCAGUGGCUUCGGAGGAGCUGGCAGUGGUUUUGGAGGAGCUGGUGCUGGUUUCGGUGGAGGAGCAGGAGCAGGCCUUGGAGGAGCUGGCAGUUUUGGAGGAGCAGGAAGCGGAUUCGGGGGAUCCUUAGGAGGAGGGUCAUCUGGAGCGGGAUACACAGGGUCUACAGGAGGAAGAGGUGCCGGAGCCUCCUCUCAUCGUGGUUCAUCUGCAGGAGGAUUUAGAGGCUCAGUAGGAGCUUCAAGAGGCUCUGGUGGAAGCGGUUUCGGGGGCUCUUCAGGAACUAGCUUCGGGGGUUCAUCCCUUGGUGGAUUUAAAGGUUCAUCGGCAGGAUCUAGAGGAUCAUCUGGAGUAGGCUUUGGAGGCUCAUCCGCAGGAGGAUUCGGAGGCAGUGGCGCUGGAGGCGCUGGAGCUGGAAGGUACAGCGGGUCCUCUGGGCCUGUGAUUCCCAUCCUCAGAGACGAUCGCCAAGGGCCCGAUGAGUUCGGAAACUACAACUUCAACUUCGAAACUGGCAAUGGCAUCAGUCGACAGGAACAGGGUGCCCCUCAGGGACCAACUGGCGCCGUGGCCUCUCAAGGAGCAUGGUCAUUCACUUUCCCUGAUGGCACUCCAGCUAACUUCAAUUUCGUUGCUGACGAGAAUGGUUACCGUGUGGAGUCCGACCUGCUGCCCACUCCCCCUCCCCUCCCCCCGCACGCCAUCGCCCAGAUCGAGAAGGCUCGUCAGGAGGACGCCGCCGCUGCUGCUUCCGGUGGGCGAGGUGGUUACAGUGGCCAGUCAGGUUCCGGUUCCGGACAGUUCUCAGGAUCUGGCCAAUCAGGUUUUGGUUCCGGACAGUUCUCAGGAUCUGGCCAGUCAGGCUUUGGUUCCGGUCAGUUCUCAAGCGCUGGUCAAAGCGGCUUUGGUUCAGGUCAGUUCUCAGGAUCUGGCCAGUCAGGCUUUGGUUCUGGCCAGUUCUCAGGUGCCAGUCAAUCAGAUUUUGGCUCUAGCCGGUUCUCAGGCUCUGGCCAGUCAGGCCUUGGAUCAGGACAGUUUUCAGGUGCUGGUUCUUCUCAAGCCCCAAGCAGGUCUUAUGGCUAUCCUUAAAAAUGAUUAAUCAUAAGACUGGCUAAGCCUGAACUCUACAUGACAAGAAUGAUAUUGCCAAGAAUAGUUAUUCCAAUGAUACGUUGUUACCUGAAGAAUACACUUAAUUAUUAAAUAUCAAUUAUUAAACAUGGACUUGUAUUUCA